CCUAAGUCCGGCUGCAGCGGUCAACUCCCGCUUCUUGUCGAGAGAAGCCACGCCAACCUUGGGCCCUUUUCCUGUUCCUGCCGAUCGGGUUCUGGGCGAGGCCCGUUGACCUGAGCUGAAGGCAACAGGUCCUCCCUAGAAGUCGCCAACCUGGGUCUAAAUUCCCAAGUGGCCCUUCUGAGCCCAGGCUGGCUGAAAUGAGGCCGUGCGGCUGCCUCGGCAGGGAGAGGCAAGGGAGGCUGGCGCCUUGUCCUUUUUGGAAACCUCUCUCCCAGCUGGCAGCCAAAAAUAACUUCCAUUCCACACCAUAUUUGUGCAAGGGAACCGGAGCCCUUGGAAGCUGAUUAAGCCCAGCGCCCUUCGCGCUGCGCCCGCUGCCUUGGCUCCCCAGACAGCCCGGGGCGAUGCGUUUGACGGAGCUGAACUGGGAGUGCCUCCUGCACCUCUUCUCCUUCCUGGACAAAGACAGCAGGAAGAGUUUGGGCCAGACGUGCCGCAGGCUGCUGCGGGUCUUCCAGGACCCGUCGCUGUGGCCUCUGCUCCACUUCCGCUCUCUGGCCGAACUGACCAAGGACAACUUUGUCCUGGGACCAGCCUUGCGCCACCUCUCCAUCUGUUGGCAUUCCAGCCAGGUCAAGGUGUGUAACGUGGAGGGUUGGAUGAAGAACGAGCUUCAGAGGAGCAUCUGCAGCCUACACAAGCACCUCGUGGAUGAGUUUCUACUCCAGGUUUCCAACAGGUGCCCCAGCUUGCUGUCGCUGAAGCUUUCUGGAUGUGGCCACGUGACAGACGACUCCAUUGUGCUGCUUCUCAAAAGCUGCCCCGGCCUCCAGACCCUCCAGUUGGAAAACUGCGUCCUGAUCACUGACCAGACCCUGGAAGCAGCUGCUCUGCAUGCAGACUCCCUCAAAACUCUGCAGGUGGACUUUUGCAGAAACAUAACAGCUGCUGGGGUGCAGCGAGUUCAGAAGAUGCGCCCGUCCCUGACGCUCAGUGCGGAAAGAAGUGCAAACAUGAUUCCGGACAAGCGGCCGGGGGGCUGGGCCUUGGAAAGAGGCUUGAAGAGAACGCUGUGGCAUUAGCCAAGCAAGCGGCCACGCUCGCGGUUGGAGUCUGCUCUGAGGUGCCGCGUGCGUUGCAAGAGAGAUGUGAAAUGGGUCCUGGAAGUUACCCUACUCAACCCUACUGUGGAAGUGGCAAAGUGGCUGUUUUCUAACAAAAAUUUAGGCUGUUCUAUUAGUGGACCACUUGAUGAACCCCUGUGCUGUUCCAUUUCUCAAAGUAGCAGGGAUUAUUUUGUGACAUGGAACUUCCCAAUCAGUGGACAAUAUUUGUACAAACCAUCCUUCCUUUCUCGGGUUCUUCUUUAGUUGAACGUGCUAGAUUUUUGACACAACUUAAAUCUAAGCAUUGUAUCUCUCAACUCAUACCGACUGUAUCGACUUGCCUCUCUUAGUUUUUCCGUGUGUGUAAAGUUCUCUAAAUUAUUUAUUGCACAUAAAACCAUCUUCCUUCGUCCCUCCCUCCCUCCCUCAGUUUCAUUUGGGCAAUUGUGAGCAAAGCCGAAACACGGCAAAAUCAGAAAUGUAGAAAUUUAUAAAAACAAGAAAAAUAAAAGCACACCAAAAGGAUAAUCACCAGAGAGCCUUAAAUAAAAAGAACUACUCUUUCUUUCUUGAAUCUGCUUUAUUUGAAUAAGGAACCCUGCACAGGCAUUUCAAAUUAAAACAAAAAUAAAUAUAUGAAGAUUCAUGUAAAACUGUCCUUUCUAAUGAACAAUUAUACACAAUGUACAGCUCUUCAGAUUCACUGGGAAGGGAAACGAGGCUCCGUUCCCCACAAAGUGCACCCGAAGGGCCCCAUGCAAACUUAUCAAAAGUGAACAAAAAAAAAGAGGGAGGGGGGAAAGGGGAAAACUUUACUGAUCUCACUUUUUUUGCAUUUUCUGCUUACAGUCACAAAAAAUAAACACAUCUAAAUUUUGUUACAU